UGCCGUGCCUGUGCUGUGUUGUGUGCUCCCCCCCAACUUUUAUAUAUUAUUACACAAAAUAAAUCAGAGGCCUCUCGCGGUCUCGCGCCUGAGACUUGGCCUCCCACCACGCGAGCCUCGGUUCUUCUUGUUGGCUCGCACACCACCAUCCACCAGCACCUGCACGGCGACAGACAGCGAGCAGACAUGGAGGUCGAAUACCACGAGGAGUACGUGCGGAACUCGAGAGGAGUGCAGCUCUUCACCUGCGGCUGGCUGCCCGUCGCCACAUCGCCCAAGGCGCUCGUCUUCCUCUGCCACGGCUACGGCAUGGAGUGCAGUGGCUUCAUGAGAGAAUGCGGCAUGCGGCUGGCGGCGGCCGGGUACGGCGUGUUCGGGAUGGACUACGAGGGCCACGGCAAGUCCAUGGGCGCCCGCUGCUACAUCCGCAGCUUCCGCCGCCUCGUCGACGACUGCAGCCAUUUCUUCAAGUCCAUCUGCGAGCUUGAGGAGUACCGGGGCAAGAGCCGGUUCCUGUACGGCGAGUCCAUGGGCGGCGCGGUGGCGCUGCUGCUGCACAGGAAGGACCCCGCCUUCUGGGACGGCGCCGUGCUCGUCGCGCCGAUGUGCAAGAUAUCAGAGAAGGUGAAGCCACACCCUGUGGUGAUCACGCUCCUGACGCAGGUGGAGGACGUGAUCCCAAAGUGGAAGAUCGUGCCCACCAAGCAGGACGUCAUCGACGCCGCCUUCAAGGACCCCGUCAAGCGUGAAAAGAUCAGGAGAAAUAAGCUGAUUUACCAGGACAAACCGCGGCUCAAGACUGCGCUAGAGAUGCUCAGGACCAGCAUGUACAUAGAAGACAGCUUGUCACAGGUGAAGCUGCCGUUCUUCGUCCUGCACGGCGAGGCCGACACGGUGACGGACCCGGAGGUGAGCCGCGCCCUGUACGAGCGCGCGGCGAGCGCCGACAAGACCAUCAAGCUCUACCCGGGGAUGUGGCACGGCCUCACCGCUGGGGAGACCGACGAGAACGUGGAGGCCGUCUUCUCCGACAUCGUCUCCUGGCUCAACCAGCGCUGCCGGAGCUGGACCAUGGAGGACCGCUUCAGGAAGCUGGUGCCAGCGCCGGCCAAGUUCAUCCAUGGUGACGACGCCGUCGACGGCAAAGCGCAGACACAAGGGCGUCCUCGGCGGCGGCGUCCGGGCCUCCUCUGCGGGCUUGCCGGCCGGACGCAUCACCAUGCAGAAAUGUGAAUACAGAAGAAUUACUGUAAUGGACCCAGGAUCAGAUGGGCGCCUGCUUCAACAAUGGCAAAUAAGGAAGUGAUGAUGUGCAAAUUUGUGAUAUACUUGGUCUUAUGCUCGACAAAGUUAUGUAUGACCAAUCAUUCCCUUCCCUCCAUUGUGGUGAACAUUUGCUCAAUCUUUUGUUCCGUUCGCAGAUGGAAACUCAUGUUCAAAUAUAUGUAAGCUUAUAGCGCUA